AUGGAAGAGUGCGAAACCCCAAGAGUCAAACGUCUUCCCAAUUUCAAUUCAAGAUCACCUAGAAAAUAUGAUGCUCUUUCCCAACUUCCUAAGCUCCCUAAAAAUAGGAGCGUUUCUCCUCUAUUAAUAUCAAAGCAUAUUAGAGACUCCUCAAGGGAAUUGCAGACUCACGUUCAAAACUUUCAAAUAACAUGUAUAAAUUGCCAAGAACUCAUAAAUGUCAAUAGUAUAGAAAGCCACUCCAAAGAGUGCAUAAAAGUUACAGAAAACGUUGCAAGUAUUGACUCCAGCUCAUUUCUGCAACAAACCACAUUUAAGCUAGAAAAGCUUGAAAAAUGUCUUGAAGAUAUAAUUGCAACUAGAAAUCUGAGGCCUGGAGAUAAAAAUUAUUUAUCAGUACUCAUCAAGUUUUGUAAUAAAAUUGUAAAGUUUGAUUAUAAUGAGUUUGAAGCAUGUGAAGCUAUAGUAAAAAAUCUUGAAAACUUAUUGAUUUCUCAUCAAGGCUCAAGCUCCUUAAAGAUAUACGCUGAUAAGCUGUACUCGAUCUCUAAAGAUAUGCUGGAAGCUAUAAGAGAGUUAGCAAUCCAGAAGAAAAAGCAAGAAAUCGAUAAAAUGAGGUUUGAAGUCAAGUUGUAUAAAGACCAGGCUGAAAUGUUGCAAAAUAAAAUUAAUAAAAGAGUUCCAGGUUUGAAAAUCGCUGAUAUUUCAAAGCCAUUGAAAACCGUUGAAAGUGAAAUAAACUUAAGAAAUCUUAACACUCCUACAACUAGUAAUUCAGCUACUGAAGAAGCAUCACCUUUACUUGAAGAGCACUCUGAAGAGAAUCUUAGUGAUAAAUCUGAUUUACAGAGAUAUUUUUAUGCUCUAUGCUUAGGAUAUAAGCUUAAGCUGUCAAAAAAUUCUGAAUCUAGGUAUGUCUCAAUUCAAAAACUAUAUAGCUCUGCAAUUUCAAGUGCAGUACCUGCAGAGAAAUGGAAGGACUGAAUAGCUCAUGAACUUUCCUCACCAGAAAAAUGAUUUGGAGAUAAGCCUAAGAGCAGCAGAAGGUCACGAAUGAGGACAGAAACUUCUCGAAGAGCAAAAGAUUUUGAAGCGAUAAUUGAGGAAAGCUCAAUCGACCUCUACUAA